CCACGUAUAAAAGCUUAAAUCCGCGCGGAGCUUUCCCUGGCGGCGAGUCGGCAAAAAGAGCAUUAGUGGUGGCGCUAGCAACAUGGCAGCGGCACGCCCAGGCGCGGGGUUGGCCGCGACGCCCGCCACGCCGCCAUUGGCCAGCGCCGCCUCCUGCCCACCGCCGCACCAGCGCCGUUCAGUCGCUCUCCACAUCUCCGCGGGAGUGCGUCGUGUUCACCACACGAUACUACCGCAAACCUGUUCCGUGUGCGAACUUUUUGUGAUCUUUCAAACUAUUUAGGGACUUCAACUCUACAUAACUUUUAGUGAACAUUGAUUAGUCAGAUUAAUCUAACGGAUAAUUUUAAGUGCGUAAAUUGCUGGACUUUAGAAAACAAAACCCGAAAAGUUUCUUCGCUCGCAUUACUGUCGAGAAGUGUGAACCUGUGGGACGGAACUACGUUAUCUGUGCGGCGAUGCGCGUUAGGAGAAGACUGGAGGAAGUGGUCUGUUGAUCUGAGUGUUGUCUCGGUGAUGUGCCUGGUGCGGUGACGGGCCGGGGCAGCGAGCGAGCUGGGGGCGAGCGAGGUGCUGAGCGUGGGGCGGGGGUGGCGCCCCGCGCUGGAUGCGGGAGGGUCGGCGGCGGGCGUUGGCGGCGCGGCUGCCGGCGGCGCCGUGGCGAUGACGGUGCAGCGCGACGAGCGCGACGCGCGCGCGCCUCGCACCCGCUUCAUGAUCACCGACAUCCUGCACGACGCCGCGCCGCGUGACCUCAGCGCGCACAGGGACUCCGACUCCGACCGCUCGGCGACAGACUCGCCAGGUGUAAAGGAUGACUCUGACGACGUGUCGAGUAAAAGCUGUGGUGGAGACUCCUCGGGGCUGGCGAAGAAGCAGCGGAAGGCGCGGACAGCCUUCACCGACCACCAGCUGCAGACCCUGGAAAAGUCCUUUGAGAGACAGAAGUACCUCAGCGUGCAGGACCGCAUGGAGCUGGCUGCCAAGCUCGGCCUCACCGACACACAAGUUAAAACUUGGUAUCAAAAUAGACGAACGAAAUGGAAGCGACAGACAGCCGUGGGGCUAGAACUGCUGGCAGAAGCUGGUAACUACGCGGCUUUCCAGCGGCUGUACGGGGGUUACUGGGCAGGGGUGCCGGCAUACCCGGCGCAGCCAGCGCCGGCCGCCGCCGACCUAUACUACCGACAGGCGGCCGCCACCGCAGCGGCUGCAGCCUCAGCCACCGCUAACACCUUGCAGAAACCAUUGCCAUAUAGGUUAUAUCCAGGUGCACCACUUGGCGGCGUUCCUCCUCUCGGCUUAGGUAUUCCGGGGCCCUCGGCACAUCUUGGUUCCCUAGGGGCUCCCGCGCUGGGUGCCCUCGGGUACUAUGCCCAGGCGCGCCGCACGCCCUCGCCCGACCUCGACCCGGGCAGCCCGGCGCCCCCGCCGCGCUCUCCCAGAGAACCUUCGGUCGAAAGACGCUCAGAUGACGAUGAAGAUGAUGAACCUAUACAUGUUUAAUAGUAGUGCUCUAAAGGUACUUUUAACAAUGGGCAAACCAGUGAUUGUGACUUUAAACAAAUAGUGUCUAGAAAAUCUAGUGUCUGUCUAUACAGAAAACGCUGCUCAAAGUGACAAUUGUGGAUAUAAAUAUGAACAAAAGUGAUAUGAUGUGCUUCAUUUGCUUUGGACAAAAUUAAGAAGCCAUAAUUGUUUGUAGUAAUCCUGAUUUACGUUGGCUGCUCGUUUAUUAUGGUUUCCUUAUUAGUAUUAAUUACUACUGUCAGUAUUCACAACACUAUAGACAAAUAUUUGUUGAAUAGGACAUUUUUACCGAGACUUGGUGGUUAUUGGGAAGAAAAAAAUAUUCGUAAAUUAUGGACAACGAGUCCAAGAUAUGUGAUAUUAUAUGCCCAGUUUUGAUAAGAAAUAAUGUAUAAAAUUGAUGUUGUGUAAUAUUAAAAUUAACGAUUAGAAUAAACAUGCUUCGUAAGUCAAUAUAACAUACCUACAUAGGCUGGAACUUAAGGAUUUCCAUCCAUCUAAUGAUGAAAACAACAUAAUAAUCUAUAUUUUUUGUCUCUAUUUUAUUUAAAAAUCAAAGCCAUUGUUGAUUUCUGAUUAGAGUGCGAUACGCACUUUAUUCAGCCAGCCUAAUUGAAGUACUUACACAUUUUUAUGUAGACAGUAUAAAUUUUCCAAUGAAUAGAAUACGUAACUACAGUAAAAAACUUUAUAAAUAACUUUUUCACAUUGAAAACACUCUUGCAGAGUUGUAAUCAUUAAUCGAUCUCUUUGACGCAGAAAUGGAUGUCAGAGUAAAAAUGUUAUACAGCCUCCUUUUUUGCUGUCAUUUGUCAUCUGCGCUUGGACAAAAAGCCCUAGGUCACAAAAUAAGUACAUAUAAUUAACAUAGCUAUUUAUUCGUUACACCUACCGCGUCAUAAACGUUCCUAAUAACUAAACUAAAUAAUUGAACACUUUAAUGAGUUUAAAUUAGUUUGAGUACAAAAAAUGCCAGUAAACACAUACUUAGUUCUCAUUUUUCGCAUUUUCUUGGAUAUAUCUUUUACACCUCGUUAACACCUCGAAUCGAAUAAAUAGGAAGACCUAAGAUGUUGUAAGUACUCAUUAAAUAUGUGAUAAAAGUAUAUAUUUUGGUUAAAUUGUUUACUCUGAAGUCGACACUGAUCCACUAUGGUUCGAAGCAUCAUAUAAGAUAAGACGCAAAUGUCGAUUAAAGAAUCGACACAACAUUGUGCAAAUAAACUGUAUAUUAUAUAAAACUAUAUAUUAAUUAUUAUUCAUAUUCUGUAGGUAUGUAUUACUAGUAUAAAAUACACUUGAAGUAUUAAUUGUAUGUAAUAAAGUACCUAAAGCUAUUUUAGUUUAUAGCGACGAUGUACUUAAGCAAUCCGAGAUGUGGCAUUUUAUGUCCAAUAGAUUUUGUGGUGUUUUUUAAAUUAAAAUGUUGUCAAUUAA